AUCUGUAUGAUAGGUUUUAUUCUAUCAAGAUAGGUGUGGUGUUAUACUUUACUGAAUGAAUUUGAAGGGAUAUCAUAUAUAUUGCAUUAAAAGUAAAAAAUUAUUUGUGUUGCGAUAAAAUGGCAAAGUUUUUAUAUCUUUUUAUUUUUAUUGCAUUAACUGUAUAUGCACAAGAAAAUGCACUUAGAAAUCUUCCAUCAUCUCUUCGAGAAUGUUAUGAAAAUAAAUAUCUUUUGGAAAGAGAUAAUAGAUUGCCACAUACUUUAAAUACAUUCAUUGCAAUACUUCGUAAAAUUGAAAAUACAGAGGGUCUUAAUAUGGAUCUAAGAACUCUGUCGAUAGCAAUUCUACAUCGUUUUCGACAAGACGGUAUUGCUCCAAAUCCUUCGAUUCCUACUCAAGAUGGAAUAUCACCCUAUGCACCAAAUACCCAUCAAUUUUUUCGUUUUGCUCAAUCUCUACGUCUCAUACCUGGAAAUGCUUUCAACUUCCCUAAUAACAGUAUUACAGAUGUUGAAAGAUGUACAUUACAUUUUAUGUUAUCAAGUAGCGUUGAAAUUUAUGAACGAGGAGAUGAAACAAAAGUUUGUAGAUUUGUAGAUACUUAUAGAUAUCCAAGAAAUGUUAAAGAUAAGCAUAAGACGAAGACUGAAAAUAUUGCUAAUGAUGUAGAAACUUUAUCAUUUGAUGAAAUAAAAAAUAUGAAGCAUAAAAAUAAAGAUGAACACAUGGUUGAUCCAAACUCAAUUUAUCAAGAUCCACCACCCAAUCACCCAGAUAGUGCUCGAUUAUCAGCAUUAGUUCUUAGUAAAUGUCCUGUGGAAAAUGGUGUUGUAAAAACUCCAUGGGGUGCAACUUCUUUUGGGUUAGUACUUGCUGGAAUAGCUUCAGCUACACAACCAGGAUUAGUAAAUCUUUAUGAUUUAGAAUCAGAUAUUUUGCAAAAAAACAAUUCACUUUUAAAACAAUUGACUAUAGAAAAUAAAUGGUUGGCGACUUUUGCUGGAGAUUUAGCAGAAGUAGCUUUAAGACAAGGCCCUCUAAAUGACAAAACAAUUAGUGUUGGAGCAACUGGUAAUUGGAAUUCUACUGCUUUGCCACGAUGGUAUUUUUUAAAUUCUAAUGAUAAAUAUGAGAUGACAACGGCAGAAAUCAGAGGAGAUUUAGAUGGCUUAAUUUUGGCCAAUGAAACUUAUAAAUGGUACAAUACAAUACCUAACUUAAAACUUUCACAAAUUUUUGAUAUGUAUUAUAGUUCAUUAGGAGUUUUUGACUCUUCCAUUAGAGCAUGUAAUAGAAGAAAACUAUUUACAUCUGUUGCAUCACAUGAAAAAUUGAUUGCAGAGACAUAUAGUGCUGCUUUAUUACUACAACCUGAUUUAGCAAAAGCAACGCUCGACAAUCAAAUAAUAAAAAAAUUUUCAGAAAAUGCGGUAAAUGAAUUAGAAAAAUAUGUGCCUUUACAAAUGAAUAAGGAUCUUUCAUGCGUUGAAACAGAUAAAUUAUAUAAAUUUAAUCAAAUAUCCAUUGAUUUGACAAUCAUUUUGGAUACAAAUUGGGAAUUUUCUGCGAUAAAAGUUAUUCUUGCAUAUUUACUAGAAAAUGUAGAUAUAAAUCAAUUUAAUUCCAACUUUACAUUAAUAAAUGGUCAUAAUGGAAUACCAAUGAUUAAUAGCACUUAUAACAUUUUGGAUUUUUAUGCUUAUAAUUCAUCACAUUAUGAAAAUAUUACUCAUGGUUUUGAUCUACCUAAAUCACUCAUGAAAUUAGAAAUGUAUCUGAUGAAUAAACUUAAUACUGAACGUAGUCGUGGAGUUGGUGGUGCACGUUCUGAUAUUGUUUUAAUUAUUCCACGUACUUCUGAUAUAUCUAAAACUGAUAAAGAAUAUUGUUUGCAAAUUAUAUCACGAAUGCGAGAAGAAAUUCCAGAUACAAUGAUUUUUAUUAUGGCGUAUGGAUCCAAAGAUCCAUGGUUCGAUUUAACUCACAAUCGUACGACAGAUUUAUUUUCUAUUGGGAUCGGAGAUACAGAAGAAACUUUGAAACCAAUAGUUAACAUGGUUAUUCCAAGAAUAAAUCAAGUUCCCAAACGCUUGAUUAAUACACAGUGUGGAUCAGAUUAUAUCUCAUCUGGAUUUUCAAAUUCAUAUGAUGAUUAUGUUACACCGAAUGGUAUUAAUUUUUAUAAAUUACAUCCUAAUUAUUUUUAUAACAGUGAUAAUAUAACAAAAAUAAAGAUUAAAGGCACUGAAUCAGAUAGUUUAAUUGUAUGUUCGUCACGAGAACCAUUAGAUAUCAAUACAACAAAUGCAUCACAAUCAUGUGUAUCAAUAUCAAAUGAAGAACACAGCAUUACUGUUUCUUGUAGUGAUGCUAAUUUUAUUCAUGAAUGUCCAUCACUUUAUAUAUCGAUAGCUUCAAAUGCUUCCACUAUUUCUUAUCAAUGUACUGAUUUUCGAGUUUGCAGAGUUCCCAAUUUAAUAAAAUAUACUAUAUCUUACGAAAACAUGGUAUGUAUCAGUGGAGCAACUAAAAUUACAUUUAAUUCUUUUAUUUUAAUAAUAAUGUUAUAUUUUUUAAAUAUAUGAUAUUAUUUAAUUAACAAAUUUUAUAAAUAAAUUUAAAAAUAAAAUAAUUAUAAUAGAUAAAAAAAAAAUAAGCUUUAAGUCUCAAUAAAAAGUUUUGUAUUAUA